AUAAAAAUGGAUUCAAAGGAGGCAGAUGAAAAGAUACAAGAGGCGCAAGAAUCCUCAUCUCCCAAAGCUGUCGAGAGCAUAAGCCCAAGCCCUCCGGUUGUAGGGAUUGAGCUCAAUCCCUCAACUCCUCAAAAGGAGGAGCAAAGUCCUCCUGAAGAAGACGAAUCAGCGAAUGAAAAAGAUGAAGAAAUUGAAGACCCAGCCACUCAAGAACACAACGAAGCUGAUAAGACCAAAGAAAGCUCAUUAGAGAAAUCAGAUGAGAGAUAUAAGUCGAAUGAAGAUAAAGAACUCAUUAGUCAGGAAUUUGAGUUUGACCCAGAAGGAAAAGAGGAAGGAAACCUUCAAGACCAGCAACAUGAGAGUCAAUUUCAGGGAGAUCAUACUUGACUUGAUACUCCUGAGAAACCAAGUGAAGAUCUCAGUGGUGAAAUUUACCAAAAUCUUGAAGAAAAGGAAAAGAAAGAGACUGUGAAUCUUACCGAGGAACAAAAGCAAGACCAGAAUAUUAAAGAGGAAGGAUGUCAUGAAGAGAGCCCUACAGUUGAAGCUGAUAAUGCAGACCAAGUUGAAGAUCCUCAAGAUAUUUCUUACUCUUCUCCUGAAAACCAAAUUAUAGUUAAAUCACCUGAAGAUGGUAAUCUAAAAUGCUCACCGUGACAUCCUAAUCCUCUUCAUCACUCGAGGAUGGAUACGGAUAACCAAGAUGAUGAGGAAGAUGAAGACACAGGAGAUAUCUUAAAGACACUAGAUGAUUCACAGGAAGAAGCCAAUCAGAAUCCUUUAAUUAAAGAAAAUGAUACCACUGAAAAUCAACAAGAUAUUCAUCAAGAAAUAGUCCCAACUGAAGAGUCAGAGCCAAAGUUCGAAGAGCAAGAAGAAGGAGAGAAGGAUCAACAGGAUUAUAUCGAAGAGGACGGACCAAACCAUACAUUAGAGACACAGCUAGAGACUGACCAAGAUGUUGAAAACAACCCACCUGAUUGAAUAGAUCAUGAUGUCGAUCAAAACUUAUCUCUUGAGAACAACUCUGAACAAAUGGAUAAUUCUCAUGAAGUUCCAGAAGAAAAUGAGCAGAAUUUUGUUAAGAAUGAAUUGUUUGUUCAUGAAGACCAAAUUGAGCAAACACAAGCUCAAAGUUUUGUUGAAAUUCCUCAGCAUAGAUUCUGGCUUUGACCUUACUACUCAACACUAAAUUUACAUUACUAUCCUAAUUCUAGGGUAAUCAUGAAAAGACUUACAAGUAGGCAACAAAAUAUGUCGAAGUUCUUUCGAAUAUUAACUGUCUUUCCUACAAACAUUGCUUUUUGAUUCCUUGGUCCGGUAGCCCUAGCAUCUCCAGUACAACUAGAACAAAAAUUUGAAACUGUAAGGCAGCCUGUAGAAGCCCCUUCUGCAGGAGUUGCAGCCCAAAUUCCAAACCUUGAAGAGCUAAAUAUCGCAAAAAUGAAGCAUCUACGUGAGAAAGAAGAGAUGAUUGCCCAAAUAAGAGCAUUAGAAACAGAAGCUCUUAAAUUACAACAACAAGCUCAGACAAUGUAUGCUGCUAAAGAGCAAUCUGACCAGAUUUAUCUUGACCUCCGCCAGGAAAUGCAGAGACAGAAGAGUGAUACCCAAUAUAAGAUAGGCUUCCUAUUAAGACAAAAGCAAGAAGCUGAAGCUAUGGCUUUCCAGCAAAAAGAAGUAGUUAAGAAAUAUUCGGCUGCUCUUGCUCAAGCAGGGAUUAAUCCUCAGAAUGUGUCCCAGGCUCCUAACAUGCCCUCUCCUACAUCAGCUUGAGGAGAUGAAGAACUACGGAGCAACUUUGAAGGCUUGCAGCAAAAACUUGCGGAAACAGAAGAAAAGCUUAAAGCUCAGUCUGAGGAAUAUUCAUCGAUUAAGACUGAAAAUGAAAAUUUGCAGUUAGACCUCAAAAGUUUGUUAGAGAUAGAGCAAAGCUUAAGAAAUUCUUUGGGAAACGCUCAAAGUAAGAUCUCGGAAGAUAGGCGGUUCAUUGUAGACACAAUGAACGAAAAUGAAAAUAUGAAGCAAGAUCUAAUGCAGUUUAGUAAAGCAGUUGAGAUGAGCUCCAGAGAAAAUGAAGUCCUUAGGCAAGAAAUUCAAAUGCUCAAAGAUCAAUUGAUGAAAAAGGAGCAUGAUAAAAGUCAAAAUGCAUCCUCAAUGGCUGAUAAAGAAAAUGAAAUUUUUACUUUAAAAGCAGAAAUUGCAAGAACUAAAGCAAUGGUAAAUGCUAGUACACCUAUAAGCCAGCAUAGUGAAUAUAAGCCUGGCUCUCCAGGACUUGAUAUGUUAAUGAAACAAAACUCUCAUGACUUUGCUACUGACUAUCUUGCUAGUCUCAAACUAAAAACUAAUGAAUCAGCUGGUUACAACCUCCAAAAUUAUGAAGACUCAAAAAUAAAUUCUCAGUCUUUAAGCACAAAUAUGCAGAGCACUUAUGAAAAGUUUGGGUAUAAAGGCCCCAUGGCUCAGCCAGGUUUAUCAAAUUUCUCUUCAGACUCUAACAUGUCUGAAACGAAUUUCCAAAAUACAAAUUUCAGCAGGCCACAAUCUGCAAUGCCAGAUCAGAUACCUGACGGUACCAGCAUGGAGCCUCAAUCAAUCUCUGGUCUGCAGUCAAGUACAAUGAGAGGGCAAACAUCUUCACUUAAUUUACCCAAUACAAGAUUUCAGAAGCAAGAGUGGAACAAUUAUUUAUCCUAA